UUGAGGGACCUUCGGUGUACCUUUUCCUUUCUCCUCCUCGAGAAUCCCCAAAUCUCGCUCGCUAUUCACGCGACCACGCAAACCGACCUUCCUCCGUCGCUCGGCCAGCGGCCGGCGCCGGCGCGCGGGGUCCACCUGAGGCGGCCAUCCCCUUCCCAGGCUCUCAAGCCAGGAAUCCGCUCGCCGUGCGACUUAGGCGGAGUUACGAGAGGGCGCUCCCUGCCGUCGCGAACCACCAUCGCCGGCGCGGGCGGCGCCGAAGGGGGCCGCGGCCAAGACGGCGGCCGAUCAGCUUGAGAGAUUGUUGUCAUGGCAGCGAAACAAUCUGGUGACUACUCGGCCGCGAAAGGUGAUGCGCAUUGUUAUCAACUCUUGGUCGAGGUUCAUGCCCCAUUACAUCCCUGAUGAUGUGAUGUUCAACAUCCUGUCAUGGCUGCCAUCCAAGUCUCUCAUCCGAUUUAAGUCUGUGUGCAAGGCUUGGCAUGCCAUGAUAUCCAGCCCGUGUUUCACUGAUGCUCACCUUGAGUGUUCCAAGAGAAACCCAUCGAUACUCAUGGUCCCUGGUGCUUAUGAGAAGCAGGAGGACGGUGAGAAUAUCGCCUUCAUGAUGGUCCUCUAUAAGUACCAUGGAGGUAAAACAAUGGAACUGGUCCAUAUGCAGAACUUUCCGCUAGGCAUUGGUGUAUGGACUCGCCCUGUGCACUGUAAUGGUUUACUCCUCAUUCCCACCAUGAACCUCGAAAUGAUGAUCUGUAACCCUUCAACAAGACAGAUUGUUUUCCUACCAAAAGUCAGUGGCAACAUUUGCACAGGCACAAGGGCUGGAUUUGGGUUUGAUCCUCACAGCAACAAAUACAAGGUGGCUAGAUCUUUCUAUCAAAGGGAUAGUGAAACACAAGAAUUAGUCUGCAAGUUUGAAGUGCUUACUCUGGGCACUAAUGCAUGGAGGCAAACUGAAGAUCCACCAUAUCCAAUUGAUGCUUUAACUCCAGUCCAUGUGAAAGGCGCCAUCUACUGGAUAGUGUGUAGUUCACUUUGCCCAGAUCCACCUAAUGCAUUCCUCCGAUUCUGUUUGACUGAUGAGAAGUUCAGUUUGUUUCCGUGUCCUCCAUCCAAUGUAAAGUCUGUCCGUUUCACAGAGGUGGAGGGUGAACUGUGUUGUGCUUGCUUUUUCAGUGAGACGCUAGCGCUGGAGAUUUGGAACUGCAGUGGUGGGCAGAACCUUGAAUGGACUCGACGCUAUGUUAUACAGAUUCCACCUGAUGUUGUUAUGAAGUACCCUGUAGAAAGACCCCCUUUAAUUGUUUUUCGUGAAAAAAUGUUGCUGCUGGCAUUCAAAAAGGUCUACAGGUAUGAUAUCGAAACCUGUAGAAUAGUAGAAUUAGCUUCAAAGGUUUCAGACUUCACCUGCUAUGAACCAUAUUUGGAGAAGGAAGCAAGGGAUUUGCAUCUAUUUAAUUAUGCUGAGAGUCUAGUUCCAAUUAGAGAAUUUUGAGAAGUUACUUCUGUCUGUUAGUGUGAGCUUCUCCACAACUUGUAAUGAUCCAAGGUAGGGAGAAGUUUGUUUUUUUUGGUUGCAAGUGUCAGCCAAGGUUCAUUUUCAUUGAAUUCAUCUGUGCUACUAUUUUACUGUAACAAUCAAUUUUUCUUUCUAGCGGUAUUGACCAUGAAACGCAAUAAGUAUCAUGUGAAUUGUCCUCAGUUAUGUUGCUCAGAA